AUGAAAGCUAAUGAAAAUAAUGAAGGUGGUAAAAAAUGGGAAGCUGAGGAUACAGAAAUAAGUAAUUAUACAAGUAAUCAUGGUGGAAUAACGGUUGAUAAAAUUGAGCAUGACUGUUUAUACCUCAAAGAGCAAUCAAUGAAUGAUGAAAAUUAUAACCUCAGAAGUAAAAUUUAUUUCGAUUUUGGUUUUGAAAAACCUCAUGAAGCAGACUCUAACAGUAAAUGCAAUCUGAACUCAUUUUUAUGCUGUUGCUGUGUGCUAAUGAGAUCAAUUGUAUCUAAAAAGAAGAAAAGGUUUAAGGAAGGUAAAUACAAUUUAGAUCUCUCCUAUAUAAAACCAACCAUCAUUGCAAUGGGAUUCCCAUCUAAAAGUAUAGAGGGUUCAUAUAGAAAUAAUGUAGUUUAAGUAACAUAAUUCUUAAAGGAUAAACACGGAUCAAAUGUUAAGAUUUAUAAUCUAUGCUCAGAACCUGAUAAGUAAUACAACAAAGCACAUUUUGGAGAUGCUGACUUUAAGAUUAAAAGGUUUCCAUUUCCAGAUCAUAAUAUAACCAGUAUUCAAAAUAUCUUCAAGUUUUGUAUUGAUGCAUCUCUUUACUUGCAAGAUUCAUUCCACUAAUAUCAAAUGAAUUAACAAAAUGAGAAGAAACCUGCAAUAGCUGUUCAUUGCAAAGCUGGAAAAGGUAGAACUGGAUUGAUGAUUUGUUCUUUGCUGAUAUUUACAAAUCAAGACGAGACUUUGGAUUUAGAUGACUAAUAUUCAAUGAAUUACUAUGAGCAGGAGAGAAUUAUGGAGGCUCAAGAAAAAAAGAAAAAAGUUGAUGAUCCAGGUAAAGUUAAGAAAUCAAGAGGUCUAACGAUCCCGAGUUAGAUUAGACAGCUCAAAUUGUUUUACUUAUUCUUGAAGAACCACGUUGGCUAUCCUUACUUCUAGAACUCAUUAAGUAAAUACUAGGAAAUUAUGAGAAAUUUCAAAGAAAUAGAAGAUAGUACUUAAUACUUUAGGAUUUUUAGUAUAUCACUUGGACCUUUUACCAAGGAAGCUAAUAAUAUCAAUGUAGAGGUUGAAAUAUCUACACUUGAUGAAAAAGGUGCACUAGAGGAAUUAUUAAAAUUAACUGAUAAAAAACUCGUCAAAAAUAUGAUUGAGUGGUAUGGAUCGUGCUUAAUAAUUAAAUUCUCUCAAGAUUAGUUAUUAAAGACCUAAAGAGAUUUGAAAUUUACUAGGGACAUUAGAAUCAAGAUACAUGCUGGAAGCUUUAAAUUUUACUUUUGGCUAAAUCCUCAAUCAGUAAAGGAACACUCAGUUAAGAAUGAAAUAUUUUCUACCUUUGAAAACUCUGAUUCUGACCUGAAAAAAUAUCUUAUCCCAAUGUUCGUCAAUUAAAUGAAAGGCUCAUUGAUAAAGCAAUAGUAAAGUCACAAAGACUCAACUUCUGAUUAACUAGAGAUGAAUCUGAAAAUUCUCAAAGACAAUGUACAGAAUUUUUUACUUAGAAAUGUAAACUUAGGAACCUUUAAAUCUGAGGAAAAUAAGGAAGAUUCAAACAUAUAAUUAUCAGAGUAGGGCUAUGAGGUUGAUUUUUAAGCGUAUCCUUAUGAGAAACUGUGGUCAAUGCUUAGAGAUAGAACUAAAAUGGAGCUAGAGAACAUAAACGAAAAAGUGUAUGGGGAUUAAAAAAGUUAGCAGGCUGGAAGAAAAUCUAGCAAAUUCAAUUUUUACUCAGUCAAGCUUUAAAAAGAUGAUCUAGAUAAAUUUAAACCUAAUAGAUACAAAGACGAAUUCUCAAUGAAAAUCAUUAUUUAUGAAGAAAGAGUGAUUGCUUACAAGAAUGCUUCUCAGAUUCUGCAAGAAAAAAGAGAAAUUUUUAAGGAUAAUGACCUGCUAAAUGAAGUUUAAAAUCUUUGCCGGAUUCAAGAGUCCUUCGUAUUUGAAAAGUUAAUGGAAGAUGAGCUCACUUUGAAGGACAAUUAUGAUCAGAAGAUCAAAAAGAUUAAAGGCAAAUUUGCAAAGAAAAACGCAAAGGAGCUAUUGAUAAAAUACAGAAUUAAGUUCAAUACUUUAAAUAAGAAGGAAUUCGAUGAAAAAGUAGCCUAGAUUUUAAAAAGUGAAAGCCCUGAGGAGUUUUUACAGGAAGAAGAAAAUUAGCUCAAAGCAAAAUUAGGAUUAGAUGUCGAUCCACCACCACAUUAUGCUAAAAUAAGGAGAGCUAAAUAAUAACAAGAGGAUGCAAAAUACUAGAUCAUGAAGCUUGAAAAAGAAAAAAAGGAAAGAGAGAAAAAAAAUAAGGAGAUUUUAGAAAUUCAGAUGAAAUUUUAAUAGGAUAAAUAAUAAAAGGAGUAAGAGUUAAAAGAGCAACAACGACUUCAUGAGGAGGAAUUAAAAGAGUUAAGGAAAUAGGAGGUAUUGUAAAAAAUUGAAGAAAUACAAUAAAGAAGAGUACAAAAGAAACAAGAUAUGAUAUAAUCAACAAAACAAAUAUUUUAGAAUAAAUCUCCUCCAAAAUUCAUUGAACUUGAAAAGAGAUAUUAGGAGUAAAUUUUAAUGCCAGAACUUGAAGAGCAGAAAAAGAAGUUGCAAAUGAUAAGGGAUAUUCACAAGCCUAUUAGUCAAAAAGAUAUCUUGAGACAUUAGAGAAGAUUUGACCACUUUAAUAGAAAGGUAGAGGAAGAAAGAGAAAAUCAUAAGGAAAAACUUAAAAAUGAUUUCAAGAUAGCCUCUCUUGAGCUAGGAAGACUUAAGUCUAAUAUUCUAGAUUCAGUUGUUUAGUAAGACUUGCUCCUUAAAUAAAUUCAAGAAGGGAAAUCUAAUGAGAUUAAAAACUAAAGAAAAAAAGUGCAGAGUUAUUCUAAAUAUGUUUAGGAGAUGUACCAGCCUAAAGUUUAUCAUAAUCCUGAACAGAGUUCUAGGGAUAUCUCACCUAAUUAGAGAGAGGAAAAAAGGAAAUAAUUGAGGACAUACAAUUCUGUGGUCUAAAAAAGAUCAAAGAAAAUUACUACUUUUGAGUCUCCUGAACCUUUGAAAACACUUUAAGAUGAUGAUUAUGAAAGGUAAACUUUCGAUAAGUCAAGCAAAGUAAUUAAAAAUGGUUUAGGCUAAGAUAGUGAUAGAACUAGAAAUCUGAUUUGGGAAAAAGAAAGAAGACUGAAAAAGAAGCAUAGAUUGAGUUUUGAUCCAGAUCUUAUGAAACCUAAUAGAGUUGAGUAUAAAGACUAUCUUAAGGAGUAAAGAAUAAAGAAUAUGAAUUCUGAUUUACCUAAUGCUUAAGAUUAUUUUUAGACAUUUGAACGAAGGGGUUCAGCUGGAUUGAUAAUUGCUAGUAGUCUUGAUUUUAAAAGAAUAUAGUCUCCUGCCAAAAAGAAUGAGAUAGUUCAAUAAAAGAUUAAAUUGCUUGAUGAUAAAUUUAAGUUAAAAGAAAAAGCUAACAGGGUUAUAAAUAAGGAUUUGGAAUUUGAAAUGAGAGCUCACGAUAAUUUGGUUGAGAAUAUCAAAACAAAGCUUUAGAUAAUCGAUCAACUUACAUGA